CAACUUCCUUGCCCCAUGUCCUGGACCAGACCCCGCCGUAAUGCUGACUGCUACAACUCGCAGGAGAAUAUCCUCGCAUUUGAAUCGUAUUAGGGCUUUCAGGAAGAGGCUCGCAAGAAGCACCCCCCUUACUCCAUUUUUGAACGCUCAGACUCUGAAUCUGCCCCCGACGCGGCACUGGCAGCGAGUUCGAGCCACUCCCGCCAGGGAACGGGGGAACAGGAGUAAUGUGCCCGCAGCAGGACGAGCAUCCGAGGAUAUCACGCGGAUCCUGAACCAUGCUGGGGAUUGUUUUCAUAAUAAAUUUUUUUUUUUCGAUUUUGUAUUUUCAAUUUUUUUUCUUCGCUUUUCCCAAAUUAACAACGCACUCGCGCGUUGGUAGAUGGAAUUGGUGCGCCCUAAUUGGCCAGCUCUUCGGGUUCCCGGGUGCCGUCUGUGUCCCGCCUGGGUUCAGUGUGGAAACCGAAGCCGGCCCGGCCGGGACGUCUAAUGAUAAAGCUGUUGUUUCGUCUGGACGCAGUGUUAAGGUUGUGUUGGCGGUCUGUAACACGGCCGAGUGCUUAGACAUCAGACGAAGACGAUUUUUCGGCCUAUUUGUACUUGUUCGGCUGCCCUCAUGGCUUGGUACGUCCUGGUUCUGCUCUUGGCGGCACGUGAUCUCUGACCAAUCAACUGCCUCGCCACCUUCCUAGUCCAACACCCUUGGCUGAUAAUCAAGUGACCGACCUAGGCCACUCA